UCCAAGUACCUUUUCCAACACUUGCAUACCUUUGUUUUUAACCUCCUACUGCCCCCAAAUAUCCCAGACUGUAUCCAACCUGAUAGCGGAGGCCGAGUCAUCAAACAUGGUGGACAUCAACCUGGAGUGUGUGCGCCUGAUUGAGCCGGAGGCAACCAGAACCGAGGACUAUAAGGGGCUAAAAGACGCCUAUCUGGAAGCAGUGCGCAUCCUGCUGGUGUUGUUGGAGAAUGUUUUGUCCCAACCAGAAAACCCGAAGUAUCGAACUAUUCGGUUGGAGAACAAGGCUAUAAAAGAGAAGCUUUUGUCUUUACCCGGGUGUGAGCAAUUACUGACCGCCAUUGGCUUCACUCGAAGCCCGGGCUCAAGUGCCUUUACCCUUCCUAGCGAGGUCUCUCUGCAGCAGGUGCAGCAGUAUCGAGAUGCACUGCAAGAAAGGCGCUCGGCUUGGCUUAGCGGAGCCUUGCCCAAAGUGGAAAGUCCUUCGCAGCCGAAAGCCCCAUCUCAUCCGCCUUCGCCGCUAUUUAUUAAGCCCCUGGUGGAGUACCGACAACGAAUCACCUUUCCGCGGGUGCUGCGUACUUCCAAUAACUUUCUUCAGUCACUGGAGCUGUACUCCGACUCUGUUAUGCAGUACGAAGACCAGCUGCUGUUAGCUACUGGUCUCACUCUAAUCCCUGUAGAGGAUCUAACAUCGAAGGCUUCUACGAAAUUGGCGGAAAUGCAGGAAGACAUUGCUUCUGGAGGGACCCAAGAGAAGGAGCCCUGCAUUCGGGACCUCCUUCUGGUAGAACUGGUCAACUGGUUCAACACACAGUUUUUUGAGUGGGUCAACAACACGCCCUGUUGCGUGUGUGGCAGCGAGGAGAGCACGCUGCGGCGCACCCAACGUGAAGGCGACAUCCGGGUGGAGGUCACUGUGUGUUGCGGCCAGGAGAGCAAAUUCUACCGCUACAACGACAUCUCGCAGCUUUUGGUUACUCGAAGAGGCCGCUGCGGUGAAUAUGCUAACUGCUUUACAUUUUUAUGCCGAUGCCUGGACUACGAUGCUCGGAUGGUGCACUCUCACUUUGACCAUGUGUGGACUGAAGUUUACUCCGAAGCACAGAAUCGCUGGCUGCACGUGGACCCUUCUGAGAACGUCGUGGACUCCCCACUGAUGUACCAACAUGGCUGGAAACGGAACAUUGACUACGUGCUUGCCUAUUCGCGUGACGACAUCCAAGACGUGACAUGGCGCUAUACAAACAACCAUAAACAGAUCUUGCAGCUUAGGCGGCUUUGUAGUGAAGACGAGUUGGUCCGAACUCUUUGCGAGAUCAGAGCUAAGCGGCGCCAAAAUUGUAGUGCCGAACGCCGGUUUUUACUGGGGCAGCGUAACAUGAGUGAGGUUAUUGAGUUCACCAUCGAGCGCGUCCCAACGGAGAACGAGUUGAAAGGCAGGAGCUCAGGAAGUCUUUCUUGGCGGCAAUCCCGUGGCGAACACACUUUUACUAAUAUUUUUGUCUUCUCCCCCAAUGAACAAGAGCUCAAAAGACGCCAGCUUAAUAUACGCUACAGCUGCGCUACCGAUACAUACGAACGUUACACCAAAGAUGAGGCUCGUAUUACUGUGAUAGACACCUACAAAACGUGGCAGAGUGCUCAAUUUUCGUCAAAGAAUAUUUUUCGGAAAGUAGAACGCGAUUGGAAGAUGGCGUAUUUGGCCAGGUUGGAAGACACCGAGUCCGCAGAAAUUGUUUGGAAAUUUGAUUUCACCAAGUCCAAUGUUAAGGUUAGGUCCUACAACCUAGUCUUCGAAAAGAAAACUUUCGGCGAAGGAAAAAUUACGGUUUCUGUAGAAGGAAUCGAUGGCAACGCUUCUGUGGAGAAUUCCAAUGGGUUACAAAUAGUAGCCAAGCUUUCAGGGGGCAAGGGUGACGUGGCGUGGCAACACACUCAGCUUUUUAGACAGAGCCUCAACUCCCGGGACUACCCAUUUGAACUUCAGGUAUAUCUGUACUAAAAUCGGGUGAUUAAUAUAAAUUCCAAAAUGCGAUUGUAAAUAAGUUACCCAAACCUAGGCAAAAAAAUGCCAGCAAUUUAUUGUAUAACUGUAUUUAUGCUUUUUUGUAUGGUACUUAGUACCGCAAAAGUGGCUGACUAUAGACAUAUGUACAUACAUACAUACAUGUAUCUGUAUGUACACAUAGGAUGCAAAAAUGUUCUAGUGCGUCCCAGCCUCAGAGCCAAAAAAUAAAACAUAUUCAUCCAUUUA